AUGGUGUCGAAAAGGAUCAAGUACGCCCGGGCGCAUCUCUCGCGGCGCCGGCACACUGCGAUCUUGUCGAGGCCUCUCUUGAGACGCAUUCAGAAGACCGACUUCAACUCCCUGUCACGGCCCUUCUCGGUGAGCCGCGCAGCUCUCAAGGCCCGCGCGACCAAGCGGACCAAGAUGAUGGCCCAGCCGAAGCGAAUCAUGCCGCGCUACGAGAGCCACGGUCAAACCGCCCUGCUUCACGCCAGGAUGUACGUCUCUAGCGCGGGCAAUCGGAAUCUGCUGGCCAACAUAAGCGGGAGGCUCCAGGCGAUUCGCAAAUCAAGAUACCAGAAGUACCGAGUUAUCAGCAACUCGCUAGCCCAGCGGGCCGCCGCCAGAGAGUUGAAGAUUAGGAAAAAGUUGCACCAAGUUCUCAGCAAACCGGCGGAUUGGGAGAGGCACUACAAAGUCCUGGCGAGGCUCGCUGCGCCCAAGAGCACACACAGACCACCGAAGCCAAAGAAACAUCGGGCUAGCGCAAAGGGCGGAAAGGCCGGGAUCAGGCGGCUGUUUGACCCGAAGCGGACAAACAUGCUGGCCCAGCCGAUGACGAAGCAUCAGGACCACGGGCGGGAUCCCUUUUCCGUGGCCCGUUCCGCCCUCAGCUACAAGAUAACCGAGCACGUGGUUAAACUCGCCACCGUCGAGCCGAAGCAGCCCCCGCGCUACCUACAACCCGGUGCUGUCCGGCCCGGCGCGCUGCAGUACGUCGCGAGCGAUCGAAUUGUGGUGCUGGCGAAACCGGCCGAGCGGCAGCCAGGAUUGGAGACCAACCUCAAGGAGAACGCGUUUUCGGUCCUGCCACGGGCUCUAAAGGCGAUCUGCCGGCCGCGCGUCAAGGUCCUCGCCAAUCCGAAACACCGCGUCCGUAGGUCCUGA